AUGUCUUCCUUCUUCUUCUCAAGCCCCCUCGACAUCGACAUCGUGCUCGACGAAGCGGAUGAACGGCAGAUGGUCGAUGUCAAGCUCGACAAGAACAGACGCGAAAAGGCCCCUCUAUAUCUCGACGGCGAGUCGGUAAAAGGUGCAGUCACCAUCAGACCCAAGGAUGGUAAACGGUUAGAACAUACAGGGAUCAAAGUGCAGUUCAUCGGAUUGAUUGAAAUGUUCUUCGAUCGUGGAAAUCAUUACGAGUUUCUGUCUCUUGGACAAGAGCUUGCCGCGCCUGGCGAGCUACAACACCCGCAGACCUUCCCCUUCAACUUCAAGAAUGUCGAGAAGCAGUACGAAUCCUACAAUGGCAUCAAUGUCAAGUUACGCUAUUUCAUCCGAGUCACCGUUUCACGAAGGAUGGCCGAUGUGAUACGCGAGAAAGAUAUCUGGGUUUAUUCAUACCGCAUCCCCCCCGAGACCAACAGUUCAAUCAAGAUGGACGUUGGUAUCGAGGACUGCCUCCAUAUCGAGUUCGAAUACUCGAAGAGCAAAUACCAUCUCAAGGACGUCAUUGUCGGCAGAAUAUAUUUCUUGCUUGUCAGACUGAAAAUCAAACACAUGGAAUUGUCCAUCAUUCGGAGAGAGACAACAGGUGUUGCACCUAAUCAAUACAACGAGAGCGAGACUCUAGUUAGAUUCGAGAUCAUGGAUGGCUCUCCCUCACGAGGCGAAACGAUUCCGAUCCGUCUCUUCCUCGGAGGCUUCGACUUGACACCCACCUUUCGAGAAGUGAACAAGAAAUAUUCCGUGCGAUACUACCUCAGCCUCGUGUUGAUUGAUGAAGGUCCGUUGAAUCUACAUCUCCCCAUUCCCGACUCGUAUACUCGACGGCUGGAUGGAAACCCGUCGGCAAUUGGAGUGUCCCCGCCACCCUUGGGAUCUAGGCUGUAG